ACCUGCAGAAGAUGGACUUGAAGAGCUCAACAAGCGAACUGCAGGAGCAAAUUCGCUCUCUGACUGAUGAAAAUGUAUUGUAUAUGCAGGCACAGCUGCGGAAACUUAACGAAGCUCUGUUCAAUAAUCUUGGCUCCAUCCAGAACAAACUGGGCCAGCAGGCUGUGUCAAAGAGUGACCUGUCCGUCAAACUGGUCCAGUGUGAAGAAGAUAAAUUAAAGAUCUCUAAAGACCUUGUUGAUGUGCAGCUAGAGGCCAAUAAAAUGAGAGAGCAGUAUGAAGCUGAGAUCUUUGAGCUUAAAAACAUGGUGUUAUCGCAGGAGGGUACUGUCUUGUCUCUUGAGACCGAACGUGACCAUCUUAGACAGGAAGUGUCAGCAGCAUCGACACGUUUAGAGGUCAUUGAAAAAAACGAGCGUGACCUACUGGAGGAGUAUGCCGUGUCAAAGAGGAACUUCCUGUCGUUGAGCGGCGCUUAUGAGCGAGAGUGCGCACACACAGAAGAGCUCAGUACUGAGCUGCUCGCCCUCGCACACACACAUGACACACUCCUACAGGAGAGAGAGCGAACACAUAGACACACACUGGAGGUGGAGAGAGUACGAGCGUUCCUCAGCAGGGCGUCACAUGACAGAGUCAGGCCAGAGGAGUCUGAACAGAUCCAGGGUCCACUGGCGGGACAUGAAGCUCAGAAUAACCUGAGAGAAGAGCUAGAAAAACUGAGGAGGAGUUACGAAGGCCAGCAACGACAACUAGAGGAGAAAGUUGUUGCGAUGGGGAAAGAACAGCAAGAGAAUAAAAGAGCCAUUCAAAACACCCGCCACGAGCUCGCCCAGCAAUCUGCAACGCUGAUUAUUUCUCACCAUCAGCUGAAGGAAGCAAAAGCUCAGAUCUCGAAACUACAGAAUGAUCUAAAGGAACUCAACAGAGAGUACAGGGCACGACUCACACGCUAUAUUCAGGACAUUACAGAGUGUGUGUCUGCAUCUGAUGUUAAGGAUUUAGGAGUGACGUUAAAGGGGUUUGUUGAAUCCAUGCUGGAGGAGGUGAAAUCAUCAUAUCGCUCCAGAGAGGAACAACUCACCAAAGCUGUCCGAAUAUUCCACAAACGCAUUCAGGAUCUGAGCAACACAUAUCAACAACUGCUCAUCGCUUACAGACUGCAACGUGAGCAGAUCCUGGCACUGCCACAGCACACUUUAGAGGCCGGACCCCCUGAGGCCCACUUCAGUCCCGCCGGGACAGAACUGAGAGGAGAGACAGAAAGAGAACUACAGAGACUGAGAGAGGACAAAGCCAGACUGGAGAGCCAACUGAAACUGGCUCAAGAACAGAUAGCUGUGUUGUCAGAGUCACCUCAGAGGGCUGAACUGACUCAAGACGCCUGGAAUGACAUAAAGAAACAGCUCCGAGAAAUAAAAAACUCCACACAGGAAGCUCAAGAGAGAGAGCGUGCACAGCUCAUCACCAGGGCAAUAGUUGCCGAGGAGCAGGUAUCUGAGCUGAAAGAGUAUGUGGACAAUCACCUGGGCAGGUAUAAACUGGAGAUAAUGCGACUGCGCAGGCUGCUGGGAUCGAAGGAGGGAGGGUCAAAUAGUGCAGGGGUCCAUAAGCCCCGCCCACUCCACAAAUCAAUCAAAAACACCAGUUAUGAAAUAUAGCACAGGGGUUCGUAAACUCCGCCCACUACAAAUCAAUCAAAAACAGUCGUUAUGAGAUGAAGUACAGCAGUACAUAAGCCCCGCCCAUUCCACAAAUCAAUCAACAACAGUCAAGCAAACUGAAAUAGUACUAAUGACUUUAGAAAUUCUUCAGGUAGCAAAAAAACCCAAACAAAACAGAUAAUUAACCCUGUAAAGCCUGACAUAUGAAAGAAUUGUCAGAAAAGUGUAGUUUGUUUAUAUUAAACUGAUUUUAGUUCCAUUAGACAAACUAUAAAAAUGAUAAUAUUUGAUACAUUAGGCUUUAAAGGUCAUUAUCGUCCUGAGGCCCAGCAAUUCAUUUUUGUGUAGGACAUUUGUUAUAUACGUUGUUCUACAGUGGAUCAUCUUGGGGUAUUAUCAGAGGACUCCCUGGGAUUUUCAGAGAUACUAAAUAUUUGAGAGAUUGGCCAUGACAACUUCCUCUCCUAGGUCUAUAAAUAUGGAUUGAAAUGUAUCACAGUUAAAUUCAGCACAUCAAAUACAAAAUAUGAUAAAACAGUUUAUUGAAAAAAUGAUAUGUAUUUCAUGCACCAAACACUAUAUUGCCAUUUAGAAAAGGGAAAUCGUAAAACUUUUUUUGCUGGGUCUCAGGAACUUAUGGUGAGAUGACAUCAUAAUAGCUCGUCAUGAAAAAUAAUGAGAUCUUUAUAAUGACAGAGCAGGCUGCAUGUUUGAAAAUACAAAUAAAUAUUAGUUCACACUUUAAAUAUAUCUUAUAAAAUUUAUUUGUCAGAAUUUUCAAAGGUAUGUGAUAUGUUUUUGUGGUGGGCAUGAAUGUAAUGUAAUGGUGAUUGAGAGAUAUACCUCAAAACCCCUUUGAAUCAUAUUUGAUACAUGGAUUUCAAUGGGCUUUUUCAAUAAAAUGAUAUUCAAAAUUUGAACCAAGCACAAGUUGCAUAUUUUCAGCAAAUACUUACACUUCUUUUAAAAUAUCAGUAACAAUAUAAUCAUUACAGUCACUUUUACUUUAUUAAGAUAAGCUGUCAUUUAUCCCAAAAUAAGAGUCACUUUUUUACACAAAUUAAAACAAUCAUAAACAAUGUUGGCCGAUCAAUAAGUGUUUUAUCAGUUAAACGUCAUUAACGUUUUAAGUACAACCCAGUCGAUAUCUAAAUCUUAAGGCCUGAGUAUACUUGGGCUUUCGCCAAAUGGAAGUGUACCCUAGUGUGACGCUCUUGUUCUACCUGCUCCGUACGUACCUAGGUCUCCGGCGUGGGAGGCGGGUGCUCUAACAAGGAGGCUAAAGGCUACAGCCUCUAGCAUCAGUCGCUAGUGCACCUCUUGAGGUCAGGAGAGUGAGGUUUACACGCUGCACAGCUAACUACCAGCUGGCUCCCGUUACACUAGCAUUCAAAGCCUAACUUUUGAUUCGCAUAUAAAUGCUUUUAUCAGCAUUCUUUCAUCUUAUUCUUGUGCACAUGUAUAUAUUUACAUUUACAUUUAUGCAUUUGGCAGACACUUUUAUCCAAAGCGACUUACAGAGCCCUUAUUACAGGGACAAUCCCUCCUGGAGUUAAGUGCCUUGCUCAAGGACACAAUGGUGGUGGCUGUGGGGAUCUAACCAGUGACCUUCUGAUUACAAGUUUACCAGUUAUGUGGUUUAGACCACUACACCACCACCAAUCCUAUACCAUAUAUACAUUUUGAUUAGGGAUGCACCAUUUUGUUUUUACAAAAACCCAUAGGCCGAUACCGAUAUUUUGUUACUUACCUUAUUUUGUCAUCAGAUAAUUGUUUUACUGUGAAAUUAUGCUUUCAAAUUUGACAAAGAGGCAUUUAUAACAGUAACUGAUUUCCAUUGAACCUGUUGAAUAUAUGACAGGCCAAAAAACUUUCCCCAAUAAAAGAUAAUUAGAAGAUAAAAGAAAAAUAACUUAAUAUGAUCCAUCCAUCCAUCCAUCCAUCGUCAACCGCUUAUCCUGUGUACAGGGUCGCGGGGGGCUGGAGCCUAUCCCAGCUAACAUUGGGCGAAAGGCGGGGGACACCCUGGACAGGUCGCCAGUCCAUCGCAGGGCCACACAUAGACAGACAUACACUCACACUCACCUCCACCUCCACCUCCACAUCCACACAACUUAAUAUGAGAACAUGAUGAUUAAUAUAAAAAAGGUUAUUUUGUACCUCUAAAACAUUUUUUGCACUUCUGUUUAUGCAGUUCAAAAGAACAGAACUCACAUGUUUGAAUGUUCGUCAUUCAAACAUGCUCACACUGGGAAAUCUAUUCCAAUAAAAGGUAUAAUAAGCUGUAAAACAAAAGCUGCGAUUUACUUCAUGAUGUGUCUUUGCAGUAAACCAUAUGUGGGAAAAACAAGCAGGGAAUUAAAAACACAAAUUGCAGAACAUCAUAGUACUAUAAGAUGACCCAUUAGCAACACAUUUUAUAGAACAUAAUCAUCCAGUUGCAUAUUUAUGAUAUAAAGGUAUUGAGGUGUCACUUAGCAAGAAAUGAUCCAAAUGCCCACCUCUUCUUGGGAAACAAGAAGCCUUUUGGAUAGACAGAUUAACAACUUUGGUGCCACAUGGUUUGAAUGUUGAUUUUGAUAUAUUUUUUUAUUUUUAUAUAUAUAUAUAAAUGAGGAAAUAAAAUUAUUUUUUACACUUCUUCAAUUGUUUUAUUGUAUAUGUAUAUAUGCAUGUAUAUGGUUUGUGUAUAGGGCUCUCUUAUAAUAUGAUGUGGUGGCUCUUUAGGAUUUAACUGUAUCUCAUGGUUUUAAAUGUGCUUAAGUAAAGUUUCUUGUGACUUACAAAUCAGCCUGAUAUCUCAGUUGUCUUAAUUGGUUGAGACAGGCUUGUUAGCUAAUUACUAAAUGCCUAUUGUGUCACUGCUUUCCCCUGUGUGUAAUGACUGACUCUAUAUAUGCUGCUCUCCAUUGUGAUGUCACAAUUAUGUCACUCCAUUGUGUUGUCACUGCUUCCACCUGUGUGUAAUGACUGACUCUAUAUAUACUGCUCUCCAUUGUGAUGUCACAAGGAAGGAAAUGAUACCUUGACAAAGGCUUGUUGACGAAACGUUGGUAAUAAAAUAAACUUGUAAGAGAGUGUGCAGUUAUAUAUUUUUCUUUUGAAAGUUUUUGUCAUAACUUGCACCUCCAAACUUAAGAUGUGCGUUUGCUCAAGUGCCUCCCUAAAAGUUUUUCUGCAUUAACAUAAGUUAAAUAUUACAUGUUUAUAGGAGUGCCAUCGCU